UCGGCUUUAUAAACGAUGCAGCUUCUACAGUAUCUGGGACUGCAGGGACCAGUGAAUGUUCCAUCCCAGCGAAGUCAGCUGUGCAUCAGUUCAUGAGAUACAGAGAACUAAAAGAAAUUGAGAGGAAGACAUUUUCAAAAGCCAAAAAGAAAUCAAUGAAAACAGUCAAGAUUUCUGUUGGGAUGAUGGGCAAGACCAAGCAUGGCUUUAAGCCCAUACGAGGGAAAACUCUACCUCUACAUGUUGAACCUCAGUGGUCAUCAGAGAAACUUUUGGCAGCUGCAUGGAAAAAAUUAAAAGAUUUCAACCAAGACAUGAAAGAUGGAGAAUAUGUCUUGCUCUAUCCUGAUGGCUCGCAGGUACAACAUAUCCCUGGGACUCAGACACCCUUUACAAUUGAGAAGUACAAAGAGGCCAUUGGAAAAGCUUAUCAACGGAUCACAUUGUACAUCUGCACCCUUGAGGACUUGUCAGAGAGUGACGGAGAUGAGGAGGAGGAGGAUGCUGAUGAUGAGGAGGAUGAUGAGGUUGUUGUUAGGGUGUCCCCCAGUAUGUCACUUCUUUCUGACACAGUGCUAUGGACAAGUCCUGAGUGCAGUACACCAGAGUGUAGUCAGUGGUCAACCACAACAUCCCAUUCAUCUAAUGGAGAGGCCAAGAGUGUGACAAGGCCCCAACAGACAACCACCUCAGAAGAUCAGCAUACUUCAAGUGACUUCUACAACACAUACACCAGUAUCUAUGCACCUGUCAUCAUUGACAGCAGUUCUUCAGAUUGUGAGGAAGUAGAGAAAUUGCCAAAGGAACACAGUGACGGACCGACAGCUGCAGAUGAACUGACAGCUGCAGAUGUGGUGUCCAAUUUGUCUCUGAAGCUUAACACAAGCUCCUGCAGCAGAUUUAACAUUAACCGGGCCAAUGUCUGGGAUGGUGCCUUAAGAGGGUUCAAGCGAUCCACAUAUGACCCUACCCAUGCCAUGAUGGUGAGAUUCACAGAUGAUGUUGGGCAGACGGAAGAGGCUUUGGACACCGGGGGGCCCACUCGAGAAUUUCUUACUCUUUUGAUGGACGCCAUGAAGACAAGACGAGUAUUUGAAGGCAAAGAUAAUGCCAAAUACCUCUCAUUCGAUAGUAAAGCUUUGGAAGAUGAUGAAUACUUCCACGUUGGAAGAAUGAUUGCGGUCUCUACUGUCCAUGGCGGUCCAGGGCCUCGUUGUCUCCCCCCAAACUUCUUCCUGUACCUCGUUGGUAAAGUAAAGGCAUUUGAGGCUACAAUUGAGGAUAUCCCUGAUGAUGAAGUAAGGAAGGCCCUCCUUGAGAUAGUAAAUAGUACAUCACUAAAGGAACUCCAGAGACUCACAGACAAACACUCCAGCAUGCUUCAAACAGCAGGCUGUUACCGCUUCAUGAGGACACUGGACGACAAGAAGAAAGUCAAAGAUGAUUACCUUCAGUGGUAUUUCAUCUACCGGAACCAUUUUUCCAUCCAGAGGUUCAAGGAGGGACUUGCAACUCUGGAUUUUCUCAAUGCCCUGGAACAGCAUCCUGCACUGUUCAUGCCAUUCAUGUGCUACAGUGAGAACAAACUGACAGCUGAUGCUUUGGAGAGCUUGUUUCAUGUGCAGCUCAGUCCACCUGGUAGCACCAUGCGUCAGGAGGAGAACAGAGCACUGAACUACUGGCAAGACUAUCUACUCUACAUUGAAGUUGCAGUGCUGUGAGCUCUCAGGGCC